AUGAAUCUCACGACUCGAUCGCAAGCGAAGUCACAAUCGCAAGCUGCCCCCAACCCGAAUGCGAAACCUUCGACACCAAGGCAGAAGACCAAUUCACCCCGCCAAUCAAGCGCAAACCGCAAGAAGUCCUCGGAAAUAGCAGAUACCAAGGCCAAACGGGUCCGGACGGGAUGUUUGACCUGUCGCGAAAGGCACCUCAAGUGUGACGAGGCCUUGGGUCGGUGCCUUAAUUGUCGCAAGUCGGACCGGAUAUGCAGACGAGGCAUUCGCCUAAAUUUCAUCGACAUUCAAACCGUUGCACCUCCACAUAUCAUCGAUCGGCCUCGAGGUACCAAGGUCACGUUUCGGGACGACUCGAGAUUUAUUGCAUCCGAGUACGUUGGGGGCUUCGAGAGAUAUCCCCCGCCACAGCCAGACAGCCCCGUUGAAGAAAGGCGACAAUUGCACCAUGAUGCUUUCAAUCUUAUGGGGCAUGAUCAGUUGGCGAGCUUGUUCCAAUCGGUCGCUCACUCAUUCGACCCCUCUGCCUUUGACCUCUCUCAUGCAGCGGCUGUAGACUUUCUUGGUGGACAAGAUGCCUGGCAUCACCAUGAGCCUCACCUCAUGCCAGGUGACGAAUUGUUACCGCACGGGACGUCUAAUUUUGCACGGAAACUGGCGAUGAAACAGUAUAAUCCAUCUUCCUUGGUUGAUCCUGAGCAAGUCUAUCUGUUGCAGGUUUUCGUUGAUGAAGUAGGAUGUUGGAUGGACUCACUAGAUUCAAUGCGAUAUUUCACACAAAUCUUACCAUUACAUGCCAUCGAUGAGCCGCUGUUACUCAAGGCUUUCUUUGCGUGUGGCGCUCGACAUCUUUCGCUGGUCAAUUCCUCGUUUGAUAAAGCGAAAGCUGCGAAUUACUACGACGAGGCAACUCAGGAUUUGUUGAAUGCUAUGCAUGAUCCAAACCGCGAUUCCGUUCUUUGUACAACAGCCGCACUGGUCCUCAGCAUCUACGAGAUCAUGGCUCCACAACAAACACCAGGUGCGAAUCAUAUUGCCGGUUCCAGAGCCUUGAUUCGUGAAUGCGGCUGGACGGCAAAAACACCCGGCCUUGGAGGAGCAUCUUUCUGGAUCAGUGUGGGCAUGGAGCUGCUGAGCUCUCUACACUAUAAAUGGACACUAUCUUGGAACCCCGAUACAUGGGGAGUAGAUAUGGAUAUGCAUCAACAUCCGCAUCAGGUACAGCUGUUUGGGAAGACUGAAGAGCUAUGGCUCCACAGGAUCGUCUACAUCUGUGCCAAGAUUGCCAAUUUCCGCAUCGCUGCGCAGUCCCUGCAAUCGGUGAAUGGUUCUAUGAAUUACGCCAAUGAACUUAGCGACAUUUUUACGGAGUGGAGCCACUAUGAGGCACUGUGUCAACAGUGGUAUGAGAAUGCUCCCAGAUCUUUGAAACCUCUAGGCAAUGUACCGCAAUGGCAGACUGAGCCAAGGUCUUCGUUCUCGAGAAUUUGGCUUCACAAGCGGAUCGCGAUUGUAUCUCAACUCUUUUAUCAUACAGCUUGCCUACUGCUGGGCAAAGCCCAUCCCUUGCAAGCCGAAUUCCAUCGCAAAAUGCAACAGACCCACGCCCAUGACAUCUGCGGCAUUGUCGCAAACACAAAAGACAAGGGUGUCAUCAACGUAUCAAUACGUUGUCUUGCCAUUGCUGCCGAGUGUCUAGACACCGAAGACGCACAAAAAGAAGCCCUUGCGAUAUUUGAUGCCAUUGUGAAAGAUACCAGCUGGCACGCUGAGCCGAUUCAGGAUGAACUGAAGCAACUCUGGGGUUGGAACAUUUCCCAGCCUGAAACUGUGGAUCCUACCCAGAUGCACAAUCAUCAUUAUGGGCUAGACCCGGCUCUACCGAUUCCCAAGGGUCCGGAGUUCCCGCCUGGACUAUCCAAUCCCCUUCUGGACGUGGGUGACUUUUCGAUGGAGAAUCAUCCGUACCAGGAGCACUACGUAGCUCCUCAUCAUCAUGGGUUGGAUCAUCACCUGUACGGGUCUUAUCUAAUCUGA